CUGUUUUUGAUUGAAGAUUAGCCUGAAGCUGGAUGAAAAUGAAUUUUCGUCAAAAAGAAGAAAAUAUUACCAUGAAAUAACUCUAUUGUCGGCUAUUUUAAAGUCUUAAUCUUUUUCUGUUUGUGAUUUACUUUUUAGUCUUUCAACUCUAAACCGAUUCCCGUCGAUUGAAUGGUUCAUCAAUUUUUAUUGUGCGUUUCAAGUCAACACUAUUCAUUACUGGAAAUUGUUUAAUUAUUGAAAAUAUUUCAUUCUGUUGGUUAGUUUACAGUCAACCAAUCAACACUCGAUCAUGUUGAAGUUUAUCCAUCAUUUCUCGAUUAAUUUUCCCAUUCCAAUUCUUCACUGAUCAACUCACCAUUUCCUAUUUACAUCUCAUUUCACCUAUUAAUUUCGUCAAAUGUCAAUAUUGCUUCCAGGGUUGACUGUUUAUGGCUAAUAAACUCGAGUGAAAAUCCUUUUUUCUACUGUUUUUGACCAUUUAGAGUCUCGUUUUUUUGUUGUAAAUUUAAACUUCAAUUAUGCCUUCUGUUUUGAGUAAAUUGGUUGACAAAUUGUUGAUGACCCCAUGGUCAUUGCCAUACAAUUGUUACGAGAUUGGCCAUGCCUGGGAGCCUUCAUGUUCAGCUUCAGCUGUUGAUCUUUCACUGGAUGUUACAGAGAAGGCAAUUGGAAUGUAUUCAGCUUUAUAUUUUGCCAACUUUGCCUUCCAGCGUCGAUACAAUAUCAAAAUGUUGACCUCUACAUUGGCGAACAUUACGAGAUCUUCGUCUUUUCUGGGCUUCAAUUGUCUCGCCAUGUUUACCCUUGUCUGUGUUUUGCGAAAAGUUUCGGGUAAAUUUUACUUUUCUCUUUUUGCCGCUAUUCCAGCCUUCCUUGGAAGCUACUUGGCCGUUUUUAUUGAACAUCCUGGUCGACGUAAAGCAUUAGCCUUUUACUGUGCCAAUAUUGCCUCUGAAUGUAUCUAUCGAGUUGCUCUUCGUCACUCUUAUGUUCGACCUUUACCAAGAGGUGAAGUGGCUCUAUUUACAGUCUCAAUCUCAUUGCUUCUGUACAUUGCUUCUCGUUAUGGACUUCGUAGAGAUCCAAUUGGUAUGGCUUUGAAAUUAAUACUCGGUCGAACCGAAUUUAAAUCAUCCAAAUCAACAGCUGCCAUAGAGUCAGGCAAAACAAAGGAUACUGAAAUGAUUAACAACAAUUAUUACGAUAAUAACAAUCGAGUUAAAUCUUUAAGUGAUGAUUCGAAUGAAUUGACAAAUAAAAGUCUAUUGGUCAAACAGAUUGGUCCACCGAGUAGUUUCUCGCCUUUAGUUUUGAUGAAAAAACUGUCGACUUGGAUCAUGUCAGGAAAACAUUCAACUUGUGGUCAUUCCUCAUCCUGUCUGCUUUACAGCCUCAACGGUUUUGGUACCAGUUUUUUGGGCCUUUGGUUUGGUCAAGCAGCAUUAGUUGCUGGUCUUAAAAUUUCCUCCAUUCGUCGUGAUCCAAGUCUUAUCUUAAGAGCUUUUACCAAUCGUAAGAAACUCGAGCUUUGCCUUUUCGCAUCUCUUUUCACUGGUAUCUAUCGUUCCUCUCGGUGCUCUCUUCGCUGGAUCACUGGCACCAAUGAACCUUGGCAUUCGGCUGUAGCUGGAGCACUGUCUGGUCCUGCAAUGAUUCACUAUCCAAGCCCAAUGAUUGCCAUCAACAUAGCCUGGAAGUGCUUAGAAUGGGCUUUACAGCAAGUCUGUUCCAUGCCUCAUGCACCUUCAUUUGAUACUCUAGUACCAUUGCUCUAUGCAGCCUCGGUCAACAUCAUCUUUGUCACUCUCGUACUUGAACCAAGUUGCCUUCGACCUUCUUACAUUCGCUUUAUAGACACAAUCACUCAUCAUAAACUUCACCAAGUUAACCGAGGUCUAUUGAAACUCUUUGGAACCGAUGCUCACAUCGGAUAUGAAGAGUUCUUCCCCAACUUAGUUCCUGAAUUUUGUAGCAACAAAUUUAUUGAAAGUGUCUUUGUUUGGAUGCUUUGAUAAGUUUACCUUUAAUAACCUAAACGAUAUUACGAUCUCAUUGAUCACCUCACUCAUUAAACAUCAAUCCGGACAGCUUGACUAGUCAGCCUUGUAACAUCACAAUCAUUUUGAUUAUUAAGCAAAGAAAAUCGUAAACAGGCUCAAAGUUGUAGUCAUUCAACUCUCAUUUUAUUCAAUCAAUAAAAUGAAUAAGACAAGCAAAAGCCUUUCGCUUUCAUUUCCUAGCAAUUUCAAUAGACAGGUGAGAUUGUCUGCUCAAAGCUGGAAAAAUCAACUGUAAAAAGCCUGUUGAUCUCUCGACUAACCUGGAAAAUUGAUGAAGGUGACUUGGAAUCAGUGGACAAGUAGAAAAGAAGACAAUUAGAAAUUUUAUUCUCAAAAUUGAUGAAUUGCCAAUUGUAAAUAAAAUAACAAAAGAGUGACAAAUAAUUUGAAUAAAGUGAAAUUUCAUUAUUUGUUUGAAUCAUAAACGAAAUGUUUUAUAACAAUAACUUGAAUUUUUCUGACCAUUUUAUCAAAAUUUAUUAUUUUGACCUUUACCUUUCUUCUCAUUGUUGUAAUCAGCAAUCAAUGUAAGCAGGUAAAGUGAUUGAGACCAGAAAAAGUAAUUUGGUUAAGAGGUUAUGUUUUAUUUUUCCUAUCAAAUGAAGAAACGAACGGAAAAAUUGCCUCAAAAUUUUUCUCUAUUCAAGUGAUAAAUAAUAAACAAUUGAAGUGUCAAUUAAGUUGAGUUGAUUAGUUCCUUGUUACGCUAAACCUCUCAGAAUUGCUUCAGUUCAUCGAGAAAAUGUUGAUCAUUUUGUCAAAGAAAAAUUUUUCUUCUAGUUAAUCAAUGAAUCAUAAUACUUGCUAAUUGUUUCUCGAUGGAUGCCUAAAUUAAUUUUGCCAAUGAAAAUUUUUGUCACACCUUUCAGUUUAAUACUUUUAUAAUAAAAUAACAUCAUCAUGUUAUUAUUGAAUAACUGAAUUUGGGUUUGCUUAUUGAAACCAAGACUUGGAUAUUGAAAAGAGUGAAAAGUCUAAUGAGCCUGACUUUUAUCACAUCAAUGAUAUUACCUCUAAUUGGAUUGAAUGCAUUAUUUAAUCGAUUAAAGCAACAUUUCGAGUUGAGUGGAAUUGGACUAAAAACCAAUCAAUUGUUGUUAAUUAAUUUUCUGAUUAUAUCUGCUUUCAACUGUAUGCAAACUGUAAGGAAAUUUGUCUAACAAUCAACUUGAAGAAACACGCCAUAAGCCAAUCUAACAGCUAUUAGUGAAUAACUGUCUACUUUGAAAUUGAAUGCCCAAAAUCACAACCAGAAUCAAGCCUUUCUUUCCUCAUUUAUUGUAAAAACAACUUACACUUUCUUUUCCCUCUUCAUGAUGUUUAAAUGAUGACUGUAAUUAAUUUCAAUACUGCAACGAAUUAUGCUUUCUGGUUAUUAUACAGAUUACUGAUAUUCUCCCAAAGAAUAUCCUGAUUGACUGGUUAACUAGCUGAUGAGCCUCUCUCUGUUGUGACUGGAAUCAGGUGGUGAAACUUGACGAUCGUUUGGUUAAUGUUCCGAAGGAGACACACUGAAUUCUUGUCUUCUAUUUAUCCACUGAUACAGUCAUACCUAAAGAGUAAUAUUACUCUUUGGUCAUACCUUUGAAAUCAACAGCUUCCAAUUAAUUUAGAGAUUUUGGAAAGACAAUCUUAUUGCUGCUCAUCAAAUGAUUGGGUUUCCAAGUAGAUAAUUUUAUAAUCAUUUCAAACAAAGCCACUGAAAAUGACGCGACUUUGCUAAUAAAUAUCCAUUCUUCUUGC